UUUCCGUCCGUCAAGAAAUUUCGUCUACUUCUCGGCAUCAAAAUCAAAAUGCGGAGGCGAGAAAAACUGUCCAAUGAGGACGCCGUUACGUCACUAUCGCACAUGCGCAAUCGUCGGGAACGGCGGGAUUCUGCUCAACAGUAGCUGUGGGAACGAGAUCGAUUCGAACGAUUACGUCAUCAGGUUAAACAUGGCGCCCACCAGCAACUUUGAACAGGACGUUGGAAGAAAGACCAACAUGACUGUGAUCAAUUGGAACAUCGCAAAAGACAUCCCGAAAAAACUAUCAGACAAAAACACCAGAGAGGGUGUCCUGGAUUUUUUGUCGCCCCUGAACCAUGGCAUCAUCAGCUAUAUUAAAGUAGUGACUAACCGAAUAAAGGACGCUCUGCAAGCCUUGGACACGGCGAUGGCAGACAGCGGCCUGGAUAUUUCACUUACUUACUCUUUGGACGACCCACAGGUCGCAAUUACCAGGGUCCUGGGUGCAGCCUUGAUCCCCAAGCUGUACAACCCAACAUCCGGGCUCAUCAUCUACACCCUGGGAACGACGUUCUGUGACGUCAUCAGCCUGUACGGCUUCUAUCCUUUCGGCACGGACGGACACAACCGGACACUGACGUACCGGUAUAACGAGAACUCUCCUGUUGCUAUUUUCACGGAUCAUGAUUUCUGUAUAGAGUUUGACUUCCUCGCUUGGCUGAACAACAUUGGCGCGGUCAGGCUGGUUACAGACACGUGUAGAUAGAGAGAUGUGGAUUUUUAAAAUUAAAUUUAUAUGUGACAAUUUUACUAUGCAGGCAAGGUAUUAUAUAAUGUGCUACAUACACAAACACACACACACACACACACACACACACACAGACAUACAUAUACAA